AUGCUCGGCCGUAUUGCUCUCCGCAAGGCGGUACUUAGCUCAUCCAAGCUCACAUCGACCAAGAUGCUUCGUCCCAUGGGCAUUCAUAGUACCAGUGUUGUAAGCAAGGACGAGGAGGAAAUCGCUGUCCCGACACAGGGUCUACUGGAUCAAGCUGGUCUGACGGACUGGAAGAUCUCGGCUCCGAUUAUCGGUGCCCUCGCCAUUCCUGCCAUCUCCAACCACUUUUACGUACUGAACGAGGAAUCGCAAUUGGCCUGCUGCUUUUUGCUCUUUUGCUCGGCCACUUACAAAUUUGGUGGUGAGAUGAUCGCCUCAUACUUUGAUGACCGUGCUGCUGCCAUUUUAAAUGAGCACAACGCUGUGGAGGAUGCUAAUCUGGACCUGGCCAAGGAGACGCUAGAGACCCAUAAGGCCAUGCUUCUCAUCCAUGAGGACAUUGCUACAUUAGCUGAGGCCCACAAGGAAGCCGUCGCGCUACUGUGCAAGGUGCAGGCCUACAAGUUACGCCACAAGACGCGCGAGACGUUCGUGAAGAACCUCGAGUCUAUCCGUGAGAUUGAGGCUAGCUACAAUCUUGAGUUGCAGAAGAACAUGGUGGCUAGCGCUACUAAAAAGGUGCGUGCUAUUGUCCAGACUGGCGAUAAGAAGCUCAAGGACGCCGCCUUUAAGCACGCCGUGGACAUCCUUGGCAACGCUAGUUUGGAUGACAAGAAGGAGGAUGACGUGGCUGCUCUCUUUACAAAGGAGCUGCGCGCCUAUGCCUCAGACCUUGAGGCGAAACAGGGCCAGGUGAUUAAGCUCACGGAGGCGGAACAGAGUGAGCUUCAGGCCGAUUUGGACGCCUACAUGAACCGUUUUGGCCUCGAGGACGCCAGCUUCAAGGCCCCCAAGGAAGUCAAGAUGGAGCUGAUGUAA